AUGCCGGUCUGGUGCUGGCUGGAAACGCAGACAGAAUGUUGUCCGGCCCUAACACAUCCAGUUGAUGGUGCAGUAGACAAUGACAUGGGUCUAAUUCCUAUAGGGGAGACGGCUACAUACAAUUGCAGUGCACAGUUCGUGUUGAACGGAGCGAGUACAACUGAAUGUACAGCCACUGGAUGGAGUAUUACAGCGCCGAAAUGCGAAUGCCCCGCUUUAUCGGAUAUCCCAGGUGGUACUGUAACCGGGGGUGUUAAAACCGGAAGCACCGUGCUGGGUGGAGUAGCCAGAUAUCAGUGUGCCGCUAACCUGGUGAUGGUGGGAACUGCAGAGAGAACGUGCGUGACCGGAAUAGGGUGGAACGAGGCCGUACCCGCAUGUCAUUGUGCAGCACUGCCCAAUCCAGUGGAUGGUAGAGUGGACAAGACCACGGGUACAAUACCAAUAGGUGAUACAGCGAUAUACACCUGCAACCUCAAUUUCGUGAGGAAUGGUGAACAAACCACUGCAUGCACAGCCAACGGUUGGAGUAAAGAGGCGCCAACGUGCGACUGUGGCAGCUUGGUCAACCCCGUCAAUGGUGAAGUUACAUAUACAGACACUGUCAUUAACAACGUUGCAACCUACACAUGCGCAGAUGGCUACCGUCUGCAGGGCAGCGCAUUACGCACGUGUGUCAGUGGUUCGCCUGCAAUCUGGUCACCAACGGCACCCAUAUGCGAAGCUGGGAAGCUAAACGAUGAUUGCUCCGUACGAACUCUACUUUGCAAGGACAUCCAGUUUGCUGAAUGUCGAGGGGGUCUCUGUAGAUGCCUACCCGGGUAUAAUUCAGACGGCACGGGAUACAAUUGUACAGAAAUCGACGAAUGCCAGUCCAGCCCAUGUCUAAAUGGAGGGUCGUGCAAUAAUGAGGUCGACAGAUUCACGUGCACCUGUGAUGCCGGUUGGAAUGGAACACACUGUCAGCAAAACAUUAACGAUUGUCUGCCUAGCCCUUGCUUAAACGGGGCCACGUGUCAAGAUGGCGUGAACACAUUCACGUGCAAUUGUACAGCCGGAUACAAAGGUCCCCUCUGUGCCACAGAUAUCAACGAAUGCCUUUCAAGCGAAUGCAAAAAUGGCUCUACCUGUGUAGAUUUGGUUAAUGCAUACAAGUGCGUGUGCCCCACUGGAUACACCGGGGGUUUAUGCGAAACAGAUAUAAACGAGUGUGCGGGAAUCGUGUGUAAGAACGGGGGCACGUGCGUGGACCAAGUAGCGGCACACGUCUGCAACUGCGUAUCUGGAUUCACGGGAACCGCGUGCGAGACAAAUAUUGACAAUUGUGAGGGAAUUACUUGCAACAACACGGGCGUAUGCUUGGACGGAAUAAAUACAUUUUCAUGCGCAUGUGAUCCCGGCUGGGAAGGGACUUUGUGUCAAAUAGAGAUCAAUGAAUGUAACAGCAACCCUUGCAAGAAUGGAGGAGCAUGCACGAACCUUGUCAACAAGUACAACUGUACAUGUCUAGCAGGCUACAUCGGCAACAAUUGUGAAACAAACAAAGACGAAUGUGCGCCCGAUCCGUGCAUCCACGGGACCUGUGAGGACAGGGUCAACGACUACCUUUGUACUUGUGAGCAGGGAUAUACCGGCAAGAAUUGUGAUAAUGAAAUCGAUGAAUGCCUUCCCAACAUGUGCCAGAAUGCUGCAACCUGUGUGGAUCUGCUGAAUGCUUACGAAUGUCAGUGCCCUGCAGGCUACAGUGGCACCAAUUGUGAAUACGAAAAAAAUGAGUGCCUUCCAAACCCCUGUCAGAAUGGCGCCUCGUGUCAGGAUGGAGUGAACAGUUACACGUGCACGUGCGUCACUGGAUUUACUGGAAAGACGUGUGAGACAAAUAUCAACGAAUGUGCAUCGAGUCCCUGUUUAAAUGGAGGAACAUGUACAGACCUCGUGAACGGUUUUGAAUGCGCAUGUAAAGAUGGUUACACUGGAGUUAACUGCAGACCAGCUGUGCUUGGGGACGACUGUAGCAUCCGGCCUGUCGUGUGUUCAAACAUCCUCAACUCCCAAUGCACGAGCGACACGUGUCAGUGUAUGUCAGGCUUCGAGAAGACUGCAGAGGCAGCUUGCAGCAAAAAAAACUGUGGCAACUUGGCAUAUCUCGACCACGGCAGAGUGGAUUCCUCAGCCGGCACGCUCUACGCCGCGGUCGCGAGCUUCACGUGCAACACGGGGUACGUGAGGAGUGGCACCGCCUCUGUCACGUGCACCAGUGCUGGCACGUGGAGUGACGCUGUACCCACGUGCACUAUCAGAACGUGUCAAACCAUCGCAAAGCCACCGAAUGGUGACGUUGUAUAUUCUCCCAAUCGAGACUACCUGAGCAGAGUAGAUUUCACGUGCAGUCCAGGCUACAUAUUGACUGGUUCCACUUCUAGAACCUGCCAGGCCAACGGCGCAUGGGACGGUACUAGUCCAACGUGUGUCAUUAAAGGAAACAUCAAUACAACAUAUUAA